UCUCUGCGAACUUUUAUUUUGAAAAUUAUGACGAUUCAGGAAGAGGAGGACAAUAUCUUUUCCGGUUCAGGAUCGUAAGAGAAAAGGACAGACAUGACUCGACACGGGAAAAACUGCACAGCAGGAGCUGUUUACACUUAUCACGAGAAGAAGAAAGACACCGCCUCUUCUGGUUAUGGGACACAAAGUGUGCGUUUGGGGAAGGAUGCGAUCAAAGACUUUGACUGCUGCUGUCUGUCCUUACAGCCCUGCAGGGACCCCGUCGUGACUAAAGAUGGAUACUUGUAUGAAAAAGAAGCCAUCCUGCAAUACAUCCUUCACCAGAAAACAGACAUUGCCAAGAAAAUGAAGGCAUAUGAGAAGCAGAAAAAGGCUCUAAAGAGUGAAGGUCAGCUGGAGUCCAAGUCUGAGGAGCGAGAGAGAGCUGAGAAGUUCAAACAGAGAGAGAACAACAUCGUCUCCAAGCCAAUCAACCCCUUUACCUCAGAUAAAUCUAAUGAUGAAGAAAGCCAGAAGGGCUCAAGCAGCUCCUCCAGUUCUGACACAGGAGCGUCCAGUUCCUCUUCAGCUCUGCCCAGCUUCUGGAUCCCCAGCCUCACACCAGAGGCCAAGCCCACUUUGCUUAAAAAGCCUUCAAAAACAGUGUUGUGCCCCAUGUCAGGAUGUCCUCUGAAGAUGAGUGAUUUGAUUUCAGUGCGCUUCACUCCACUGGACCCCAGUCUGGACAGAGUGGCCCUCCUCACACGCCAAGACAGAUACGUGUGUGCAGUAACCAAAGACACGCUUGGGAACUCUGUGCCCUGUGCAGUCCUUAGACCCUCUGGAGCCGUAGUCACUAUGGAGUGUGUGGAGAAGCUCAUACAGAAAGACAUGAUUGAUCCAGUGACUGGAGACGAACUGAAAGAGAAGGACAUCAUACCUCUCCAGAGGGGUGGGACUGGCUUUGCAGGGUCAGGAGUGGACCUCAAAGCUAAAGAGGCCAGACCUGUUAUGCAAGCAUAAACGAGAGGAUUGGACGACGCUUUGACCCUGUAAAUAUUGUCACUGGUUUUGCUGAACUUUUUUGUAGUGCUUUUGUUGUCAGUUGUUUGAUGAGGGGUAAUCUGAGUGAUAUCCCAAAGAUGGCAUUAUGCCAAAAUAUACAGUAGAUGUGCUUUUUUUUCUUUUCUUUUUAAAUAAAUCAUUCAUUUUACAUGCUUCAAAAAACACAUUUGUCUUAUUUUAAUAGUUUAAAGAGACAUUCAGGCUUUUUGUGGUCAAAGUGAGGUUAAAGUUCAUCAUGAUCUUCUACCAGGGUCCCAUAGUCAGUUAUAGUACUGACCUUAAUGAAAUCCAUUUUAUCCAUGAUUUCACUGAUAGAGAGACGACCAUCCUGGGAAUGACAUCAAGGACAUAGACACAGUUUGGAAAAUGCAAAAGGACAAAGAAUGAUUAAGUAGAGCAAGAGGGUGACUAUUAAAAAAACUAAGCUUUUGUGAUUAGAAAUUAGAAGACUUAUUAGAAUGCAAUGAAUUGUCUUUGUGAGAACGUUGAAAUUAAAUCCCAGUCCACAAUUAAAAAACUAACAUGGUUUUAUUAAGAAUUCACAGAGAGAAAAAGGUUCCAACAAUAAAGUGUCAAUCACUUUGGUCUCCUCCUGUCUAUUGAAUCCCUGGCCCUCUUUCCCUCCCUCUGGCUUCAUUUCUCAGCACCUAUGCCUCUUUUUUCAUGUAAGUGAUAUGUUCGAGUGUGGAAUCACUGACCACUAAUGUAAAAAAUUACUUCGUAACAGUCAUGUUAUUUUGAAUACUGAUGCAACUAGACUUGUAUUCAGUGCUGUAUUCCUGAGCAUCUCUCAAGUGGAAGAUAUCAGUCCAUUACUGCACAAUAAAGCUGGAGUGUCUGUU